CAGCCACCAGCAGCUAGGGGGCAUCCUUCUAUCACUAAUUCAAGCUUUAAAAAGUCCAAACUCUAGUUAGGCGACCUAUGUAAGUGUUUUAUUUGAGUAGGAAUAGGUAAUAAAGUCCUUAUUUAAUCGCGUAAAGGUGCUAAAGUCGGGUUGUUUGUCGUUAAACGCAUAUCGCGAGCUCGAGCUACACAACUUUGCUAGCUCGUUAGCGUCAUUUGAAGAGUUGAUAAAAGUCGUGAAUAUGAAAUUCGUCUUUUUUGUUUCUUGUGAGAAGCGCGCUUAAAGAUAAGAAAAUGGCGCUAAGGAGCUAAUGAAAGUGUGUCGGCAGACGGCAAACAGUCUACUUCCUGAGUGGAGGGAAGGGGCUUGGUCCCGUGCCUGCGCCCCGCGACCGCGCAAGCGAAUUAGCAUCGAUGAAGUUGUCGCCAACAUGGCGGAUUUCCUGCCGACGCGCUCCGUGCUCAGAGUGUGCCUGCCCGUCUGCCUGCUCAACAGCGGCGAGGUGGAGCAGGUCCGCCGCUCCAAGGAGAUCGACCGGCGGCUCUCCCGGGAGAAGACGUACGUCAAGCGGCUGGUGAAGAUCCUGCUGCUGGGCGCGGGCGAGAGCGGCAAGUCGACCUUCCUCAAACAAAUGCGGAUCAUCCACGGCCAGGACUUCGACCAGACCGCCCGGGAGGACUUCCGAGCCACUAUUUACAGCAAUGUCAUCAAAGGCAUACGCGUGCUGGUGGACGCGCGGGAGAAGCUGCACAUCCCGUGGGGCGACCCGGGCAACCAGCAGCACGGCGACAAGCUGAUGGCGUUCGACACGCGCUCGGCCAAGAUGGUGCGCGGGCACCUGGAGACGCCCAUCUUCCUUCAGUACCUGCCCGCCAUCAAAGCCCUCUGGGCCGACUCGGGGAUCCAGAACGCCUACGACCGCCGCCGCGAGUUCCAGCUGGGGGAGUCGGUGAAGUAUUUCUUGGAUAAUCUGGAUAAGCUCGGCGAGCCGAACUAUCUGCCGAGUCAGCAGGACAUCCUGCUGGCAAGAAAGCCCACCAAAGGCAUCCACGAGUACAACUUUGAGAUCAAGAACGUGCCCUUCAAGAUCGUGGACGUGGGCGGCCAACGCUCGGAGCGCCGGCGCUGGUUCGAGUGCUUCGACUCGGUCACCUCCAUCCUCUUCGUGGUGUCCUCCUCCGAGUACGACCAGGUUCUGAUGGAGGACCGCCAGACCAACCGCCUGUGCGAGUCCCUCAACAUCUUCGAGACCAUCGUCAACAACCGCGUCUUCGCCAACGUCUCCAUCAUCCUCUUCCUCAACAAGACGGACCUGCUGGAGGAGAAGGUGAAGAGCGUGGCGCUCAAGGACUACUUUCCCGACUACGCCGGGACCGAGCACAGCCUGCCGGACGUGCAGGCCUUCAUGGUGGAGUGCUUCCGGGCCAAGCGCCGCGACGCCAACCAGAAGCCGCUCUACCACCACUUCACCACCGCCAUCAACACGGAGAACAUCAGGCUGGUGUUCCGGGACGUGAAGGACACCAUUCUCCACGACAACCUCAAGCAGCUGAUGCUCCAAUGACCCCCUCACUCACACUAGUCCUGGUCCGGCAGGGGGCGCGGCACGGAGCGAGGGACGGUGGACUUUCUCCGUUACCGGUUUUUGAGAACAACAAAAAUGGUCUGAAGGUUUCACCCGUUUGUCCGAGCACUGUAUUCACCCUCUUCACUCCGCCGCUGUUGUGUGAACGCAUGAACAGCAGGAACGUCUUCCUGGUCCCUUUUUCCGUAGUAGACCCCGAUCACUCUUUCAAAUCCUGCGUUUGUGCCAAACCUCCGCAACGUUCCCCUCACUCUUUGUCUUAGGUUUCCCUCACCGGUCCACCUCAGGGUGGAGACCCAACCAGCCCACGACGUCACCUUUGAUGAACUAUGUCCAGAAUCUGGGUGGCGGUGUCCAAAAAGGAGCCCCGUGUGAUCCGCGCUCUGCUUUGUACAUAAGGAAAUCUUUUUUCUGUGUAAAUAAUAUCCAGGUUUAUCUCCUCGGUUGUAGAAAUGACGUUUUUGUUUCCAUUCUGAAUGUUACAAAAUCACUGCUCCCCUCCUCCCCCCUCUAAUGUUUGUGUUUAAUUUUUUUCACCCUCUUUUUGAAAUUAAUGCCUGUGUCAAUUCUCACACCACUCUAACUUUAUCAAUAAAA